CCCGAGAGCAGAGGAGAGAGAGAUGUCUAUCACGUCGCUUCCGCCGCCACCGGAGCGGAGGGUGCCGCUGGUGGUGCCCAUGGUGCCGCGGCUGGCGGAGGAGGGAGGAGCGAGGGGUGACGACUCGCGCGGAAGCGGGAGCGGGGGCGUGGCGGGGAUAUCGCCGAGCAUCCUCAUCAUCGCCGUCAUCGUGGUGGUUAUGCUGCUCGCCUCCAUCUCCAUCCACUACUUCAUCCGGAGCCUCUGCCGCCGCUCCUCCUCCUCCGCGCCGCCGCUCCCGCUCGUGGCGGUCCGCAGCUCCGCGGUAGCGCCGGCUGCGGCGGCGCCCUCCGUGGCCGGCCAGGGGAAGGAGGCCGCCGCGGAGCGGGAGCGGCUCAUCGAGCGGCUGCCGCUCUUCACGCUGGCGUCGUCGCUCGCCGCGCUGCCCCGGUCGUCCCGGGACUGCGCCGUGUGCCAGAGCGUGUUCGGCGGCGAGGACGAGCUCCGGCUCCUCCCGGCGUGCCGCCACGCGUUCCACUCCCGCUGCGUGGACCCGUGGCUCCGCGCCAACCCGUCCUGCCCGCUCUGCCGCGCCUCCAUCGCGCUCCCGCACCCGCCCCUCCCCGACCUGCUCCGCGUCGAGCUCGGCAGCGUCAGCAGCCGCCGCUCCACCUCGUCCGACUCCGCGGCCGUCGCCGCCGCCGCUCCCCGCGCGUACCCGCUGCCGAGCCCCAAUAACUCCGCCACGGAGUACCUCGUGGAGGAGGACCUGCAGGUCGUCCUCAAGCCCGCCAACCCGCCGCUGGCACCCACGGCGCGAAUCACCGGCGAGCCGAGCCAGCAGCUGGCAACCGCGGGGGAGCGCGCGCUGCUGCCGCAGCAGCCGCCGUCAUCGUCCGUGACUCCGACGGCGUCGUUCAGGUCCGUGGGCCGGACAAGUAGCCGGUGGAGCAACCGGUGGAGCAGCCGCUGGAGCAGCGGGCGGUGGAGCAGCCGGUACGACGCCGGGAGCGUGACGGCCGCCGCCACGGCGGAGUGGUGGUGGGACAUGGACGGCGGGGUGGCGCCGGCGGUGUCGCGGCGGGGCGAGGCCGAGGACGGCAGCGCGUUCUACGGGUUCGUGCGGUGGCUGACGGGGGCGUACUAG